AUGAAACUUGCGAGUAAUUUUGCUUAUAUAUCAAAGAGAAGCAUUGCUUUAUUUAAGAAUGAGAAAGCCAGUAAUAGUCUCAAAAAGUAGAUAUAUGCUGAAGAUUAAGAGUUAAGUAAGAAGUUGUUAGGAAUCUAGCUCGCUUCCAUUGAAGAAUAAAUUAAAGAGUUAGAAAAAGAAACUUCAGCAGAGGAAAUAGAUUCAGAUGAUUUAAAAGAAGAGUUACAGAGUCAUGAAUUUGCCUAAAUCAACAAGGGGAAGAAUAAAACAAUGAUAAAGUCUCAAUCAGCAUCUAGGGUUGGAGACAUUGAUAACAAAUAAAGUUUUAAACAGUAAAAUCAGUAUAAUCUCUCUUAAACUAAAAAAUCUUCAAACUUCCCUACCUAAAUAGCAAAGCAAUUACCUCCCUUAUAAACUAAAGAUAUGCCAAGGAAAUCUUUACUCUAGUUACUUCAAAGUCCAGCUCACUAAUAACUCGUUGAUAAAAAGCUUUAAAAGCUAGAGGAAAUUAGAAAGUCUGAAUUAAAGUAAUACAACUAAAUUGCUUAAAUGAAUUCUGGAUAUUUAGAUGAUUUGACUAAGCAAAAUACUAAAUCAAAUAUUUUUGCUGCCAGACAUUCUCCUAAAUAAAAUUCAAUCUAAAGUCUAUAAACUGCCACAUCAAGUCAAUAAAAUCAUCAAUUUAUUUAGGAAAAAGUUAAAAUAUCAAAUCAAAGAAACCCUAAGAAAUAUAAGGAAAAAGUUGAUACCAAUAUAAUCCAUCUUAAUCUUCAGACAAUUAAAGAUAUUAGAAAUUUGAAGAACGAUAAGCCUAUUUAUUGUGAGUAAUGUAAAGCAGUAUUGAACAAAUAUUGUGAUAUCUCAAAAGAGCAAGAAAGAUUAAUUUGGAAAUGCUCUUUUUGUUUUAAAGUUAACACAUCAGAGCCAGGUGCUCAAAUCUAAUCUAAUUUGAAUACUACUUAUUGCUUGGAUGAUCUAAACAAAAAUGGCAUUCAAGAUAAAAAUAAUUUAGAUGAAGACAUAACAAUUAUCUUCUGCAUUGAUAUCUCUGGUAGUAUGGCUGAAAUUUGCAAUAGAAACGGACAUGCUAAAAUAUCAGUAAUAUAACUUGCUCUCAUUGAGCAAAUCUAAGAAAUGGCAAUGAAAUUUCCAAAAAGAAAAGUUGGCUUAGUUACUUUUUCAGAUGACAUUCAAAUCCUUGGAAAUCAUUCCACUAAAAGUGUUGUGUUAAGUGAAGAAUAUAUCGAUAAUUCAAAGAUGAUUAUAAGGCAAUCAAAGAAAUCUUAUCAAGGAUUAAUGGAUAAUAUCUUAGCAAAUAGUUACAAUGAUCUUAUCGACAAGAUAAUAAAUAUGAUGCCUACAGCUAACACAGCUCUUGGACCUGGGCUUUUGGCAUCAAUUGCAUUAGCUUCUUAAGGAAAGAAAGGUUCUUAGGUACUACUUUGUACUGAUGGUGUUUCAAAUGUAGGACUUGGAAAUCUAUUGGGAAACUACAAUUAAGCUCUGGAUUUCUAUCAUAAAGUCGCAUAAUAUGCAAGGCAAAAAGAUGUUACUACUCAUAUUGUGACCUUCAAUACAGGAGAAUGUGGAAUUGGUGCUUUAUUGCCAGUAGCUGACUAAACUGGUGGUGCCAUUGAAAGAGUUGGUGGAGACAAUUUGAGUGCAAACUUUAAAGAAAUUAUAUCUAAACCAAUUAUAGCAACCAAAGCUAAGAUUAGAUUGCAUUUAUUACAGUGCUUUAAAUUCAAUAGAGAGGAAAGGGAUAAUUUGAGAAAUGGAGAAACUACAUUCUCUAAGGUCAUUGGAAAUGUUGUUCAGGAUACAGAAUUCACAUUUGAAUUUGGACUUAGAAAAAUUAAAAGUUUGGUUGAGAGAGAGGGUAUAAGUAUAGAUCAAUUAAAGAAAUUACCUUACUAGUUGAUCAUUGAAUACGUAGGACUAGAUGGGAAGCAAUAUGUGAAAAUUAUCACAAAUUAAGCUGAAAUCAGUUCUGACAGAAUUGCCGUUGAAACAUAGGCUGAUGUUGACAUUCUGGCAUUAAAUUCAAUCUAGCAGAGUUCAAAGCUAGCAAGAAUGGGUGAUUAUAAAAAUGCAUAAAUUUUGGCAAAGGCUUCAUACAAUUCCAUUUCAAAGACUGUUAGCUAUACAGGUGAUUAUUAAAAACUGUUAGAUUAUCAGGCCUCACUAACUCCUGUGUAUAAUACAAUCUAAAAGAUAUCAUCAGUCACUCCUAAGGUAACAAGCUUAAUUGAACUGACUAGAACUAAUGAUCACCACAGCCAAGAAUUAUAUUCUGCUUCAAAAAUGAAUUCUCUUUCAUACAAAGCUCCUCAUAGGAGUUGA